UUCUGAUGGCGGUCCUGACGAUGAGUGAUGGUAAAAGCAACCGAUGCGCCAUUCCGAAGGCAUAGGACAUGUAUUUCGCUGCAGGAUGUCCUAAAAUGCGUUCCGUACAUACAGUCUUUCUUUCCCUCUACAAAACCGAACCCUCAGAACGUCUUUUGAUGUACAAAGCCUUCCUCUCACACAUACUUUCCCCUCCCCUCAGCGCUCCUUUCCCCCAGCCUUCCCCCCACACAGCACAUACGAAAACUACGUUUGACAAGCAGAGGGAGAAGGUACACGCUACAAUAUGAAUCGUCCGGUGUGCUGCAGAUGAACUGACUUCCGGUUACAGUCGGAUUUCCUGUGAGGUGGCGAGAUAUCGGGGGCGCGCACGUAGCUUCACAGCUUGUUGCCCUAUCCCCUUUUUUCAAAAUUAAGACUAAUUACAUGACACGGAGAGGGUUUUAUUGGAGGUUUAUUUUUACUAAACGCUAAAUAAAUAAGUAAAAUGCUGUAGGACAUGGGGGUCUUAUUUGGAGCUGGUAGUUUUGUUUGUUUUUUUAAUAUUUUUUGUUACUGUUACAGACUCAGUGUUUGAUGUGGCGCAAGUGUUGUAGUACACUGGAGGCUGUGCACUUCAUUUGUACAUAUAGGUGACUCUGUGCAAUGCCUUCAGGGUUGGAGGGUUAUGGAAACGUUUUAACAAAGUGUUAUUUAUGAACUGGGAGAGGACUGGGACUUGUCAGAGGAGAUGUAUAUGACACGGAGAAAGCCAGCACUGUACCUCAGAGAGGACAGCAGAUCAAGCUUGUUUUUGGGGUUUCUGCCUAGAAAAUGCAGCAUUUUUAAUUUGUUUCUGACAUGCUUGAUCCUGGGUUUUCUGUCUAUGCUCUGGCUGCAACUCAGCUGUUCUGGUGGUGAUGUGAACAAGGGAGGAACUCAGGAUGAAGCCUCUUCCCAGAAGUCCUGUCCCCAGAUUCCUAGGACUGUGAAUGAGGAUCCCUCAUGGGGUCCUCACAGGCUUGCUUUGCUGGUCCCUUUUCGGGAGAGAUUUGAAGAACUUAUGAGCUUUGUUCCUCAUAUGCAUCAGUAUUUGAUACAGAAAAAAAUCCUUCAUCAUAUUUUUAUCAUCAAUCAAGUGGAUCAUUAUCGGUUUAAUAGAGCUUCUCUGAUUAAUGUGGGCUUCCUCGAGAGCGGGAAUGAAACGGAUUACAUAGCAAUGCAUGAUGUGGACCUGUUACCACUCAACCUUGAUUUGGAUUAUGGCUUCCCAGAGCAGGGACCGUUCCACGUGGCCUCCCCAGAGCUGCACCCGCUUUAUCAUUACAAGACAUAUGUGGGAGGGAUUCUGCUGCUCACCAAACAGCAUUAUGAAAUGUGCAAUGGAAUGUCUAAUCGAUUCUGGGGUUGGGGUAGGGAAGAUGACGAGUUUUACAGGAGGAUAAAAGGAGCUGGACUAAAGCUCUUUCGUCCAACAGGAAUAAGCACAGGAUACAAAACUUUCCAUCACAUACAUGACCCUGCGUGGAGGAAGCGAGACCAGAAGAGGAUUGCUACUCAGAAGCAGGAGCAGUUUAAAGUGGAUCGGGAGGGAGGUCUUCACAGUGUCAAGUAUCGUGUGGAAUCCCGCUCUGAGGUCACCAUCAGUGGAGCCCCUUGCACAGUACUGAAUGUUCUCCUCGAAUGUGACUUAGGGAAUACACCAUGGUGUGUCUUUAACUGAGGCCCAACAGCAAGUCUGAUAAGGCUUCAAAGCAGCUGCCUAGCAAGUUUUUCAUUCAUUGACUGGAUGUGUGAAAUUUUAGCCAAUAAUGAACUCUGAGACUUUUUUUAUAUAAUAAUAAACAACACAAAAUUCUA